CGAUUUUUUACCUUUUGAUUGAGGUUGCAGGUCAAUUGAUAAAUUCAAGUUGUCAUAUUUGAGCACUUGCACGGGUGAAUACGGACUCGUCUGCAGUUCUCGUGUCUGUCAGGAUCAAGACUCAGCAUGGCUCCUUCAAUCGAGGCCAUCAUCAAAGAGUAUCCAUACGGACCAGAAGGCGUACAAAGAAUCGCCCACCGCCGCAUCAAAAACGAAAUUGAAAUCACCGAACCAGAUCCGUCUUGGCCCCAGUCUUUCCAGAUCCUCAAAGACCGCAUCAUCUCCGCCCUAGGUUCAACAGCCGUCUCAGUUGAGCACGUCGGCUCGACCAGCGUGGCCGGCCUGCCAGCCAAGCCUGUCAUCGACAUAGAUCUCAUCGUCGUGGACGUGCUUGACGAGGCCUCAUACGUGCUGCAGCUCGAGGCAGUAGGCUUCCAUUUUCUCUUACGCGAGCCGGCGUGGCAUGAACAUCGCUUUUUCUGCAACUAUGAGCCUUCAGCGAACCUGCACGUCUUUGGGCCAGACUCUCCUGAAACCGAGAAGCAUAAGAUCUUUCGAAAUUGGCUUUCGAAAACUCCGGCUGACAAGGAGAUGUAUGCUGCGGUGAAGAGGGAGGCGGCGGAGGCAACUCGUACCGCUGGCGAGACAAUGCAUGAAUACACUGAGCGAAAGAAUGACUGUAUCCGAGAGAUUCUGGGCAGAGCGUUCCGAGACCUGGGUUAUAUUCAGUAACGGCAAUUGAUGUCUUUAGCCAAGUGCUGGGUUGGCUGGACCCCGAGGUAGAAUGGAAAGUGAGUAUUUGUGAUGUUUCGAUGGAAUCACAUGUUGAAAAAAAAUUGAAUGGUAUAUGAAUUUGUAUUCUUGGUAUUUCAUAAAGAGUGGAGGCUAGGUAGGAUAUCAACACUCAAGCAGGAAAAGCGAUGGCGACACAGGCAGAUUGAUACUGGUGCGGGCGAAGCAUUUCGAAAGCAUCGUUUGACACAGUCUAC